CAAAAUAGAUGAGCUCAAAAACUUUUGAGCAGUGGAAAAAAGUCUUGAAAGUACCUGAGAAAUUUAUAAAGCUACACCAUGAAAUACAUAAAGUCUCAUCCAUCUCCAUGAACGCUAAGGAAAAAACUCAGAAAACCUAGGAAACAAAAGUAUUUCAUCUGAUCACAGACAUUGAUUCUUAAGGCUACACCUAUAUGUAUGGGACUCAAUUUAAAAGAGUUUGUAACAUAAUUUAUACUUAAAUAUGAGAGAAACUAAGAAAAAAUCAUUAAGACUGUAAUGAGAAUGCUAUAUUUCAGUGUUUUGUAAUAACCUAUUCUCAGGAUAAUCAAUGUGAAGAGAUUUCCAUUGUAAAUUCAGCUUCAUGAGAUACCUGAGAAAUGAUAUUGGAGAAAAACCAUGUGAGUUUAGUGAAUGUAGAAUAGCUUUCAUCUAUGUGACACAUCAAGAGAUACUAAAGAAAGUCUUAUUGGAGAAAGUAUCUGCAGGAUAACAAUGUUGGAGAACCUUCAGACUGAAUCAGAUAUCCUUCAGCAUAAUUAAAUUCAUACUAGAGAGAAAACUUAUGAGUGUAAUGAAUGUGGAAAAACCUUUAGUCUGAAGCAAAACCUCAUUGAGCAUAAGACAAUGCAUACAGGAGAGAAAUCACUUGAAUGUAAUGAAUGUGGCAAAGUAUUCUCUCGAGUCUCACCUCUUGGUCUACAUUUGAGAAGUCACACAGGAAAGAAACCAUAUAAAUGUAGUAAAUGUGAAAAGGCCUUUAGCCAGAAGGGGAACUUUCUUUCUCAGAAAUAUCAUACUGAAGAGAAACCGUAUGAAUGUGAGAGAACUUCUAUUCAGAUGCCAAGUCUUAUGAAGCACCAGAGAAAUCAUACUGGAAACAAAUUGUAUGCAUGUAAGGAAUGUGGGAAAACCUUCGAUGGCAAAUCAUCUCUCACUGACCAUGAGAAAAUUCAUAUGAGGGAGAAGCCAUUUGAAUGUAAUCAAUGUGGAAGAGCCUUCAGCCAGAAGCAAUACCUUAUUAAACAUCAGAAUAUUCAUAGCGGAAAGAAACCCUUUAAAUGUGAUGAGUGUGGAAAACCCUUUAGCCAGAAGGAAAACCUCAUUAUCCAUCAAAGAAUACAUACUGGAGAGAAACCUUAUGAAUGCAAAGGGUGUGGGAAAGCUUUCAUUCAGAAGUCAAGCCUCAUUAGACACCAGAGAAGUCACACAGGAGAGAAACCCUAUGUAUGUAAGGAAUGUGGGAAAGCCUUCAGUGGCAAGUCAAAUCUCACUGAGCAUGAGAAAAUUCAUAUUGGAGAGAAACCGUAUAAAUGUAAUGAAUGUGGAACAAUUUUUAGGCAGAAGCAAUACCUCAUUAAACAUCACAACAUUCAUACUGGGGAGAAGCCCUAUGAAUGUAAUAAAUGUGGAAAAGCAUUCUCUCGAAUUACAUCACUUAUAGUACAUGUGAGAAUUCAUACAGGUGAUAAACCUUAUGAAUGUAAAAUAUGUGGGAAAGCCUUCUGUCAAAGCUCAUCUCUUACUGUGCAUAUGAGAAGCCAUACAGGUGAGAAGCCCUAUGGUUGUAAUGAGUGUGGGAAAGCCUUCUCUCAAUUCUCUACUCUUGCUCUACAUAUGAGAAUCCAUACUGGAGAAAAGCCUUAUCAGUGUAGUGAAUGUGGGAAAGCUUUCAGCCAGAAGUCACAUCACAUUAGACACCAGAGAACCCAUACUCAUUAAAGCUCUAUGAAUGUCUUGAAUUUAGGAAAAAUCUUCAACACAAUUCACACUUUAUAGCAUAUUAGAAAAUCCAUCUUACGAUGGUGACAUAAAUGUGAAAAAUCCUUCAGCAAUUCAAACUUAAAAUACUGGGAUUUUAAAUAAGAAGUAUGAUGGUAUGAAAACAUAUACCUCCAGAGCCCCCACAACAAACAUUUUUAAUGCUGUACUUCUUAAAAGCAUUCUCACUGAAGAAAGGAUCCAGCCAUGGACACUAAUCAAUGUGGUUCUGGAAGGUCUGCCUGAUGAUGCAUUAAGACAAAAACAUGAGAGGUAUAAAGAUGUAUAAUUAAGAGAAAAAACUCAUUCAUGUUAUAUGUUUUGCUAUAUGCAGAGUCAUCAGUUAUUUGCUCUUGAUCCAGCCAUGAAAACCAGGUUGUAUCCUGAAACAUAUGCAUGCCUGUAUAAGGAAUUGGUAAUUGAUAGAUGUGAUAUCACAAGUUAGUAAGGAAGUCAUGCAUGAGUCAAAAAUGGUCUCAGGGUAAUUGACUCUUCAUAUGGAAAAAUAUUUGCUGUCAUAUAAAAUAUUUAUUUAUUUAUUAUGAACCCAAAUAAUAUUGAAGACUAGAAUGCAAAACAGUAAUAUGAAAUUUUAUAGGAGAAUGUUUUUAAAGCCUUGGAGUAGGACAGGACUUCUAAAACUAAUUCUAGAAUACUCCCUUUGAGUAUAUUUACAUAUACCCAAGAAACUGAUACAUGUACCCAGGGAGCCAUAUACCUUUAUGUUCAUUGCAGCAUGAAUUAUAUUAGCAAAAUAUUGGGAACAUCUGUCUCUUGUGAAAUGGUUGAAUAAAAUAUAGUUAUACAGUAGAAUAUUCUCUAGUAGUUAAAUACAAGUUAAAUAUAUACCUAUUAACAAGAAAAAAAUCUGAAAAAUCAUGUAGAGUGAAAAAAAAUUAAAAUGAUGUAUAUAUUAUAAUGACACCUGUGUGAAUUUGAAUGAAAUCACCAGUAACCAACACCAGUAUGAAGCAAUGGUUGUAGAUGAACAUUUUUAUGUAAAACUAUGAAGAAUGGAUUGGAAGGAUACACAUUCAGUUCUAAAAGUGGUUGCCUCCAGAAAGAAGGGAGGGGAUGGGAAAUGAGAUCAAGUAUGGUAGUUAAAGAAUAUUUCAGUUUUGUAUCUAAAUAUCUCUUAUUAAAAAGAAAUAAAAA